AUGCAUGGAGUAAUCAACUAUUCAAAAUUUGAUAAUAUUGAUGUAAGUUCAUCAGACGAUGAAACUAAAAAAAAACGAACUCCACAAAUAACUACACUGAAUAGUAAAGACAAAGUUGUAGUAGGACCUGAUGGAUUAACAAUUUUGAAAGAAUCUACCACAUCACAAAGCAUCAAAAAAUGUGUUGAAAAAAAAAAAAAUGAUCAAACUCAAAUUGACAAUAGUAUACAAAGUGAAAAGGAAAAAAAUCUAAAAAAUAUGAUAUUUAAUGGAGGAGUUAUUCCAUAUAAAUAUAUAUGGAGUCAGUCACUACAUGAUAUAAAUGCUUAUAUUGUUUUGCCAUUAAAUUGUAAAGCGAAAUCGUUAGUAAUACAAAUAUUUGAAGAUAGAUUGAUCGUUAAAAAGGAAAAAAACAUUAAUACAACAAAUGUUGAAAGUGUAGAAGAAAAAACAAAGGGUGAUACCAACAGUAAAAGAAUUGUAGGUGAUAAUAAAUAUGAUACCCUUAUUGAUAAAGAAUUUUCAUUUAAAAUAAAUACAAAUGAAGAUACUCAAUUGUGGGAAAUAAAAACUAUAGAAAUUAAUUGGAAGGAAAUCUUUGAUUUAUGUAAUAAAAUAAAUAAUCAAAAUAUGAAUUUUGAUUUUGGACAAAAUGUAAAAGAUACUAAAGAAACAUUUUUAUAUAUUUCUUUGAAAAAAAAUAGUGAAAUUCAAAGUUCAUAUGUUUGGUGGUCAUGUUUAUUUAAAGGUGACGAAAAAAUUGAUACUUUUAAAUUGCCCUCUCGUAUUAUUCUUAAUAAAAAUAUUAACAAUAAUAAUAAUACCUCAUUUAAAAAGGUAUGGGAAGAGGCACAUGCAAUUUUUAAACAAAAUAUUUCAAAAAAAAAUUUGCCUUAUUGUGUAGACUAA